UUGCUGAGCACGCUUUGGCCUCCUAGGCAGAACUGCGAUUGCAGGAAAAGGGCAGCGAAGCCGCGCUAUGCAGCUAUCCGAGGACGCCACAAUGCGCGGCCCGCUGGCCCUAGUGUCUAUUAUCCUCCCGGUGCACAACGCUGAACAGUGGCUGGAUGAGUGCUUGGUAUCUGUUUUGCAGCAAGACUUUGAAGGCACCAUGGAGCUCUCUGUUUUUAAUGAUGCCAGCAAGGACAAGUCUAGGGCCAUCAUUGAAAAAUGGAAGAUGAAACUGGAAGAUUCUGGCAUCUCUGUAGUCAUUGGAGGCCAUGACUCUCCUUCUCCCAGAGGAGUUGGAUACUCUAAAAACCAAGCAAUCGCACAGAGCUCAGGGUCUUACCUUUGCUUUUUGGAUUCAGAUGAUGUUAUGAUGCCCCAGAGAGUGAGGAUGCAAUAUGAAGCUGCUGUUCAGCACCCGACGAGUAUUAUAGGAUGCCAAGUGAGGAGAGAUCCCCCAGACUCUACAGAGCGAUACACACGUUGGAUCAACCAGUUGACAUCUGAUCAGCUGCUGACACAGGUGUUCACCUCCCACGGCCCCACGGUGAUCAUGCCUACCUGGUUCUGCUCUCGAGCCUGGUUUUCCCACGUGGGCCCAUUUGAUGAAGGAGGACAGGGCGUUCCAGAGGAUCUGCUGUUCUUCUAUGAGCACCUCAGGAAAGGUGGUGGUGUCUUUCGGGUAGACCACAGCCUGCUCCUCUACCGAUACCACCUGUAUGCAGCCACACAUUCAGUCCUUGAGAUGACCAUCUGGACUCACCGUGUCCACUUCCUAGAGGAACAAAUCCUACCUCACUGGAAGUCCUUCACCAUCUGGAAUGCAGGCAAGCAGGGGCGUAAGUUAUACCGCAGCCUCACUGCAGCCAGCCGGCACAAGGUGGUGGCCUUCUGUGACGUUGACGAGAACAAGAUCAGGAAGGGCUUCUACUGCUAUGAAAACUCACAGGAAAGACCCAAGCCAAAGGUUCCCAUCCUGCAUUUCCAAGCUGCCCAGUCGCCCUUUGUCAUCUGUGUGAAGCUGGACCUCACAGGGGGCGAGUUUGAAGACAACCUGAAGUCACUGCACUUGCAAGAAGGCCGGGACUUUGUUCAUUUCAGCUGAGGCUGCCGCCUAGCAGACAUGACAUCAAAGCCUUCAAAGCCUAUCUCACACAUGGCCUCUUCAGCUGAUCUCAGCCAGACUUUCUUCUACGCACAACAGAAAAUGCUGAGUCGCCAGGCGGUGGUGGUGCACACCUUUAAUCCCAGCACUUGGAAGGCAGAGGCAGGCGGAUUUCUGAGUUCGAGGCCAGCCUGGUCUACAGAGUGAGUUCCAGGGCAGCCAGGGCUAUGUGGAGAAACCCUGUCUCGAAAAAAAAGAAAAAAAGAAAAAGAAAAAAGAAAAUGCUGAGUCUAGGAAAGAGGUGUGCAAGACUGGGAUGAAUUAUGAGCCAGGACUCCAGAAGUCCCUGCCACUAGGGCAGCACAACAAACCUGCAGACCCAGGCCUGAAAAGUGGCUCUGGAUAAAGGCAGCAGCCUGUGCUUUCAAGUCAGGUUCUGUGAGAUGCAGGCUAUUACACUGAGUGAGCACACACUACCACAGGCCUUGGCCACUUCACUAUGAGCAGUUAUUUUGAAUUCUGUCUCAGCCACAUGUCCAUCCUCAACUGCUUAAUGAGCAUCAGGCCUGAGAUACAGAAAGGCAGAAGGGGCAGGCAUGGGACCACCAUGGCAUGCAGGCCCUGGGACAAGGUGUCAAGGAUCCAGGCUUUGGGAACAAAGUUGUCAUCCAUAUUCCCACAGGGAUGCUGGGUUCUGAUGAUCUCUCGCUCAGACCAUUGUAGUAUUGCUGGUAACUUGGCUGGCUGAGCAUGUGGGAGAAGAGCUGUCUAUCACUGCAUCUGCCCAGCACUUCAGACUUUAUACCAGGGUGUGAAACACCCAUCAUGCUAUACAAAUCACGCAGUAGAUCCUCCAGCUCCUUUUGCACAGAGAUAGGCAGAGGCUGGGAUGUGUGAUACAUGAUUUAAUGAGAAGCACAUCUGUGUGACAGCAAACGUAUGGGCAGUCCAGGCCACCAGAGCACAGCAUGCAUGAGGAAUUACUGCUCUCUGUGGAUGGCCUCCCAAUCCAUCUAGCAGCAGGUGCUAGUCUGUGGCACCAAGUUUCCAUGAUGGUAAAGCUUGUUGUGGAGCUGCAGGGCGAGACAUCCCAGCUAGGUAGGCAAGGCUCAGCUUCCUGGAACAGGCUGUAAAGAGACAUGGCAACAUCAGGCUGGUUGCCACCCCACCCUCUCUGAUAUAUGGCUAAAGCCUGCCAUGUCCCAGAAUUGUGGCAACUUGAAUUGCGUAGUAAUAGCUCUGUCAGAGUACGUUAGUAAACUGUUCACAUGUUUAAACUUAAGUUCACCCUGCAUAAAGGACAAGGCUACAUCAUGGCCCCAUCUGUUGUCACCACUCCUAGAGCCACUCAAGCAACAGGCCACAUCUAUGUAUCCCUCAUAGCUUCUGUAGGGGGAAGCCCUGGGAAGAGUUGGGCACACAGGAAAAAACAAAAUUCAAAGCUAAGAGAAGAGCAAGAAAAGAAGCUGACCAGCGAGACCAUGCCAGCUAAAUACCAAGACCCCAGGGUUAGAACAAACCAGUUUCAGACAGGGCUCUGCAGCUGGAGGUCACAGCCUGGGAUAAUGUAAUGUGUCAAGAAAAAGUGCUGGCCCAGGGUCAUCAGGGACAGAAGAACAGAGCUGUGAAACAACAGUGUAGGAAAUGAAAUUCAGAUAAGGGGGAAAGAAACAUUAAACAGGAAGGUCAAAUAGGAAACAAAGAUGAUGGAUGUAAACUUGCCUGUAAUUAUACAGUAAACAUGAAUUCAUGAAAUGCUAAUUAAUAAAGAUUUUAAAAUGAUAUUAAG